CACGCAGGGCGGAAGCUGGGGGCGGUGAAGGCUGGGCGGCGAGGCUGUCUGGCCGGUUUGGCGCCGGGCCUUGGAGGUAGGGGCCCGGUCCCGGCCCGCGAGUUCCCGGCGUCCAGUACCCGCAGUCGUAGCAUGCCCCCGAGGGCCCGGGGACCGCCAGGCGGGCCCGCGUAGAGGAGACGUGGCCGCCCCGCGCUCGGGUCCCGGGCGUCCGUCUGCUCCUCCGUGGUGGAAGCACCCCCGGCCUGAGCCGCUGGGAGAGGCCGGCCGGGCCGGCUAGGGCCUCGGGCCCGGGGAGCCGGGGAGGAUGAGCUGGCUCUUCCCCCUGACCAAGAGCGCCUCCUCCUCCGCAGCGGGGUCCCCCGGCGGCCUCACCAGCCUCCAGCAGCAGAAGCAGCGCCUGAUCGAGUCCCUGCGGAGCUCCCACUCCAGUAUAGCUGAAAUACAGAAAGAUGUGGAAUACAGGUUGCCAUUCAGCGUAAACAACCUGACAAUUAACAUUAAUAUAUUGCUUCCUCCACAAUUUCCUCAGGAAAAACCAGUGAUCAGUGUUUAUCCACCAAUACGACAUCAUUUAAUGGAUAAACAAGGAGUAUAUGUUACCUCUCCAUUAGUAAACAAUUUUACAAUGCACUCAGAUCUUGGAAAAAUUAUUCAGAGUCUAUUGGAUGAGUUUUGGAAGAAUCCUCCAGUUUUAGCUCCUACUUCAACAGCAUUUCCAUACCUAUACAGUAACCCAGGUGGGAUGCCUUCCUAUGCUUCUCAGGGCUUUCCAUUUCUUCCUCCAUUUCCCCCACAAGAAGCUAACAGGACCGUCAGUUCUUUAUCUGUUACUGACACUGUUUCUUCAUCAACAACAAGUUAUACAACAGCCAAACCUGCUGCUCCUUCAUUUGGCACCCUUUCAAGUCUGCCAUUACCUGUUCCCACAGCAGACACUUCAGUGCAGAUAAGCCAGAAUGGUUUUGGUUACAGGAUGCCAGAUGUCCCUGAUGAAUUUCCCGAACUCUCCGAACUAAGUGUGUCACAACUUACAAAUAUGAAUGAACAAGAGGAGAUAUUACUAGAACAGUUUCUUACUUUGCCUCAACUAAAACAAAUUAUUACUGACAAGGACGACUUAGUAAAAAGUAUUGAGGAGCUUGCAAAUUUUUAUUUUACAGGAAAAAAUCUGCUUUUGGAGCCCAGCUUGGAAGCCAAAAGACAAACUGUUUUAGAGAAGUAUGAAUUACUUACACAAAUGAAAUCUACUUUUGAAAAGAAGAUGCAAAGACAGCAUGAACUUAGUGAGAGCUGUAGUGCAAGUGCCCUACAGGCAAGAUUAAAAGUAGCUGCGCACGAAGCUGAGGAAGAAUCUGAUAAUGUUGCUGAAGAUUUCUUGGAGGGAAAAACUGAAAUAGAUGAUUUUCUCAGUAACUUCAUGGAAAAGAGAACAAUUUGCCACUGUAGAAGAGCCAAGGAAGAGAAACUUCAGCAGGUGAUAGCAAUGCACAGCCAGUUUCAUGCUUCAUAGAUUUUCCUGAAUACAUGAACUGCUGCAAGAGGAAUGGGACACAUAACUAAGCACAUUUAUAUUUAUGAUUUGCAGAUUGGCACUUCAUCACAGCAGCUGACUUCACAGUAUCUGUAUAGAUUGUAUACAGAACUAAGACUGAUUUUGUACACAUCAGAAUGAUAGCUCUGAUCUUGACUUUGAGAAAUUUUUCUGCGCUAUUUGCACUAAAAAUGUUUAUUUAUUAUUGAUAAAUCCUAUCAUAUUUAAGUUCCACUGCUCCUCUCUUAUUGGUUACUUAUGCAUGUCAUUUUGGCUAGUUUCAAUAUUUUAUAAAAUUACUUCAUUUAAAUUUGUAUUUUUAAUUUGAAAUGCCUUGUUUCUUUAUCAAAAAUGGUUGGUUUAGAUUUUUUCCCCUCUCAGCCUUUUAUGAAAAAUUACUAUUUUCAACAGUUAGAAAGACUUAUUUUUCUUCUUUCUUUCUGGAUAAUCAAACUUUCAAAAACAAUUUCUUUUAAAUAUUCCAGGUGUCAGUAAACAUUAAACCUGCCAAUGUGCCAUCUCAAGAAAGUAACUUUUAAUACGUAUAAUAAACCAAAAGAAUAAACCAGCUGUUUAUA